UUGAGAAUGACUUCCGGAUGGGAGCCGAAACGUCUUGAUUCUGAAAACAGUGUCCAGAUGACUACGACUGAAACCUUUUCUACGAGUUAACCUUACUAGGCAGCUGGACUUGCGAGAGAUCAUGAAAUCAUGAUAAUCCCUCUUGCCGGGCUUCAAGCUAUGCACUUGUUUCUGUGCCAUGGUUCAUUUGCACUGAUUAGCUUCCUAUGAGGAAGUAUUGGCAGUCCUAACGUUAGGUGAGCGUGACGACGUGUGUGAGGAGUGACUGUCGAAAACCACAAUGCUAAAGAGGUUAGCAUAUAGGCUUCUAGCAUUGGUUAUAUCAGAGGUGGAGAGUAUUCUUAUUUGGAAAAGAGCAAUGGCACUGAAGCUUUUCUUGAUAAAAAGCUGUUUUUGCUCUUCUCCCGGCUGGCUUCAGUAAGAGUUUGUCUACGUUAUGGUCGGUUGAUCUGAUUAGUUGGAGUUCGCCCAUGAUAGAUGGUGAUGAUUCCAAUGACAAUUUCCCAAAUAGUUCUGGCAUCCCGGUGCCCGCUGCUGCGAUUGCUGGGAGUGGGCAGCAGGGGACGCUGGCAUCCCAGUUCCAGGUUCCCCUGCUAAGGCUGGCUGAUGUGAUUGCUGGAGCUGGAUGACAGGAGGUGCUGACAACCCAAUGUAAAGUGCCCUGGAUGAUGUAGGCUGUUGUUGCUGGUGUAGAAAAACCUGAUGAGAGGUGAAGUGUCCCAGAAUUAUUGUGUUGGUUGCUCCAUCUGAAGGUGAUUAUGUAAGAUAUGAUGAGAGGUUGUUUGUGGUGACUCCUGUUAUUCAUUGUUGCUGGCCAUUCUGCUGUCCUGAGCUGAAGGAUUUGGUGAACUGUCCCUUUAACGUGGGCUCGCUGUUGGGGUGUGCGUGAUGAUGUCACCCGGAAGAACGAUGUAUUGACGAAACUAUGCGCAUGACAGGCUGAUAUGAGUGUGUUGGAAAGUUUUGCUUUGUUGUCUGUUCUGUGAAAAACAAUUUCUUUAUCUUUUACCGUUUUUGUAGAGCGGCAACAGUCCGGUCGGAAUUUCAUUAAUGAAGGCUGGUCUUCAGGGGAUCUCGCUGGAGCGUGGUGACGCUGCGACCGGCUACGUGUUGUGAGCCCGUAGUGGUCGAGACGAUGGCGGGGACCGGAGUUGUCCCGUUAGGCGAUGGAGUCGGAGAACUGCAGCGGCGCCGAUGGACUGUCCUUGAAUUGCCUCUUCCUCUCUUUUCUGCUGAGGGAGGUGGGCAAGGAAGAGACUGUGUAGGGGCUUGCUUGACUCACUCGCUUCGUCAGGCGCUGAGGCGGUGGCGAAGUUUUUGGCUUCUGUUGUUCUGCUGGCGAGGUUGAUGGAAACUUUGAACGUGGUUAUCCUGAUUUCGUCCGAUGGGGGAUAGUGAGACGAAGUCCAUGUUCGAGAUGAGGUGAGUGCAUGGAUGAAGUUGCUCGUAGGGUGACGUAGUAACGAGUAUGCUCGGGGCGAAGUUGCGCGAUGUCGGUUCGAGAGCGAAAGAAGAGGAGAUGGUCAGAAGAAAAAAACAUGUAUUCAGCGCUUAACUUCUCGACUUCUGACGACUCCAACCUGUCAGGUGUUGACCCUCAGAGACUGCAGGAGCUGACCCACCGGUCCGUGAAAGUAAGCAUAAUAAUCGUUUUGGGCGUGAUGAUCACUUUAGGAAAUAUUGCAGUUCUCCUGGUUAUUACUUCCUCCGUGGCUGGUUGGUCAAGAAACUCUCGGUACUUUCUCCUCUCUCUCACUGCUGCAGACUCUGCGUUUGGACUGCUGGUCAUGCCCUUGAAUCUCUGGGUGAGUCUGCUAAAGGACUACACUGAAGGACCAGAUACUCUGUGUCAUGUCGUGGCCUUUUGCAAUGCGACCGUCUACUCCACCUGCAUGUAUACACUGGCCACGAUAAGCUUGGAGAGGUACAUUGCUGUGUUUUACCCGCUGCAGUACUCAUCUCUGAUGACAAGAAAAAGGACACUGCUCCUGAUUGCUUUCGCCUGGUGCUUCCCUUCCUUUUUACUGUCGCCAAUAUCAUUUCCAGAUGGCAUUAUCGAGGUUAAUUUUUCUACUGCCUCACUGGUCUGCAAUCCAUCCUACUCGACGAAUGUUGGAUACUCCCUAAGCUUGACGUGCUUUAUAUUUUUCCCCUGCUCCAUCAUCAUGACAUACGCAAACCUGAGAGUGUGGUGCGCUGCCAAGAGACAGAGACUCAAAUUACGCAAAUACGACUGUGCGCGUCGCAGCAGACACAAUGUGGCAUCCAGAGUGCUUGUGCCUGUCAUGGCAGCCUACUACACCUGUUGGACACCCUGCAUGGCAGCUAUGAUCUACAAUGCAGUCUCAGGUAGCAGCGUACCAGAGUGGAUUGAGUUUGUGGUGGUUUGGCUGCCAACCUCAAACGGUUUCCUCAACUGCAUCUUCUACUUCUGGAUAAACCGAAGCUUCCGCAGGAAAUUCCACCUCGUCCUCCAGAGGCUGGCUCUGGCCCUCUGCCCCAAACUGGCAGACACCCUUGGGUGCUGCAGCACUUCAAAGACACAGUUUGUGUCAGGAAUUAUGGAUAAUAACAACAGCGUCCAUGAGCGUUCUUCCAGUGUAUCUUCCACCUGCACCCUGUUGACGUUGGCCUAGGACGUCUGCACCUGAAGAGCACCACUGGCAUGGUAAAGGACAUGGUCCGUGACCUCUGUGCUGUCUUGUAUUGUCUGGCUGGGCAGGUCAACUGAAGCCAAGUUAUUGACAUAUCCCUACAUAAGGUAUCGAGGGUAAGAAAUUGAGUAAUGGGUCACAUGAGUUACAUUGCAAAUGGGUUGAUACUAAGACAGGCUAUUAUGGCAAGUAUUUGAAAUAACCACUGUAGAGUCUACAUCAUUAUAAUUAAUUUGAUUGAUUAAUUAGUUAUAUUGAUUAUUGUAUAUUUAUUUUAUUUUUUAUCAAUUUUCAGUCUAACAAUAGUGUUCAGUUGACUGGAACAGAGGCUCAAUUUAUAACUUAUUUAGAUAUUUUGUUUUACUCAUGCACACAGUGUUGCCAUGUUGAUUUACUGUCAGAGACGGCCUCUUAAACCACCUUUUUAGUUGUUUUAUAGUUCACCAUCAACUGUUGCGUAUUUAGACUUGUUGCUUAGGUCAACAUAGUUCACUUCAAACAUUUGAGGUUAGUUAAUUAGUCCAUCCCAAGAAACUGAUAUUUAAACUUCUAUUCAUAUGAGACAUUUGUGAACUAACAUCACUAUCCGAUUACAAGCACUUUGAAGGAUUGAGGCUAUCUACCUCUUCUUCAAUUUAAACUGUGCGUCAAAGACCUUGGCAUAUAACAGCUGGGAGAAGUUAACCUUUAAGUCACGACAUUUCAGUGUAUGCAAGGAGAAAAGUAAUUAAGCAGCUCCACAGUAGAAAGGUCACCAUAUUUGAACCGGCAAGAGAUAACUUGGGUAACUUCUGAGGCUGUGGUUGUUUAUUUUUAGAUAUUAAGCCCAUGAUCUUCCCUGCAGUAUCUUCUACUACAGUAUGGAUUCAUCUUGGCAAUGCCCAUGCCAUCUUUGUCUGGACAGAGUUAACUGUCAUGGUAAAGGUUGAUUUUGAUUUAAAGAUAGUUAAAGUUAGUUUUCCAAAAACAUUCAAAAGAAACUGAAAUUCAGAAGCAUUUUAUGCAACUUAUUUUAGCCUUUGGGUUGCUGCUUGAUGUCACCAUCACUAAAGUUUGUGCAUUGGCAAAUGAUGGCCCUCCCCAUGAACUUGCAGAAAUUAUUCAAAUGUGUUGACCAUCAGAAAGUCUGUCACAAAAAAAAUUAAAAAAAAAUUACUGACUUAAUAAUGACUUUUGUGUAAACAAUUUAUGUUUCUAAAUGUCUAAUUUUAUAAAGAAUGAAUAAAUAAUGUUUGAUAAUGUAUUGGUUUAUGGAUGAUCUAUGAAAUAAAGCAUUAAGCCUUUGAA